AUGACCAAGAAUGUAUUUACCAACCACCUGUGGCUUCACUUCUGUAUGUAUGCUGGCUUAUUAAAAAUAACCUUUGCUGCUCAUAUCAUCGUACAGUUCACCCAGAGGCUGCUCGACAAGGAAUUGCCAUCAUUGUGUGAAUCUGAUAUGCCCCAUUCAUUAUGUGGAGCCUUUAUUUUAGUUUGUCGGGAGAUGUACAACACCUGCGAGGGUCUGCAGGUUCUACGACCCUACGGCCUGCACAAAGCUUUAGCUGCUGUGUGGAAAAAGGCUCAUUUGGGAGGAGACAUUAUUGGACAGUCUGUUGAAUUUUGGUGCCACUCCAAAAGGCCUUCUGCUGCUCCAGCAGACAGGAGCCAUUAAUGAAUGUGUCUCCAUUCAUUAAGAUUGUUAACUCAUUUAUCACUGUGGCAGAUGAUGGUGAUGAUGAC